ACAGAACGUUGUUCAGUCUACAUCUAUUUUAAUUGUGAUUUUUUCGGUAAAGUUCGUUGUGAUAAAAAUGGAAAACCCAAGCGAGUUUACUGAGAAACAGCCACCUACCCAGGAGCAACCUACCCACAUGCCGCGUGUGAUCGAGGUGGCCCAAAAGUUUCUCGCCGAUUUGGACGAGAAACAGCCACCCAACCAAGACCAACCUACCCAGGAGCAACCUACCAAGGAGCAACCUACCCACAUGCCGGGUGUGAACGAGGUGGCCCAAAAGUUUCUCGCCGAUUUGGACGAGAAACAGUCACCCAACCAAGACCAACCUACCCAGGAGCAACCUACCAAGGAGCAACCUACCCACCUGCCGCGUGUGAUCGAGGUGGCCCAAAAGUUUCUCGCCGAUUUGGACGAGAAACAGCCACCCAAACAAGACCAACCUACCCAGGAGCAACCUACCAAGGAGCAACCUACCCACCUGCCGCGUGUGAUCGAGGUGGCCCAAAAGUUUCUCGCCGAUUUGGACGAGAAACAGCCACCCAACCAAGACCGACCUACCCAGGAGAAUCCUAGCAAGGAGCAACCUACCAAGGAGCAACCUACCAAGGAGCAACCUACCCACCUGCCGCGUGUGAACGAGGUGGCCCAAAAGUUUCUCGCCGAUUUGGACGAGAAACAGCCACCCAACCAAGACCAACCUACCCAGGAGCAACCUACCAAGGAGCAACCUACCCACCUGCCGCGUGUGAUCGAGGUGGCCCAAAAGUUUCUCGCCGAUUUGGACGAGAAACAGCCACCCAACCAAGACCAACCUACCCAGGAGCAACCUACCAAGGAGCAACCUACCCACCUGCCGCGUGUGAUCGAGGUGGCCCAAAAGUUUCUCGCCGAUUUGGACGAGAAACAGCCACCCAACCAAGACCAACCUACCCAGGAGCAACCUACCAAGGAGCAACCUACCCACCUGCCGCGUGUGAUCGAGGUGGCCCAAAAGUUUCUCGCCGAUUUGGACGAGAAACAGCCACCCAACCAAGACCAACCUACCAAGGAGCAACCUACCAAGGAGCAACCUACCAAGGAGCAACCUACCAAGGAGCAACCUACCAAGGAGCAACCUACCAAGGAGCAACCUUCCAAGGAGCAACCUACCAAGGAGCAACCUACCCACCUGCCGCGUGUGAACGAGGUGGCCCAAAAGUUUCUCGCCGAUUUGGACGAGAAACAGCCACCCAACCAAGACCAACCUACCCAGGAGCAACCUACUAAGGAGCAACCUACCCACCUGCCGCGUGUGAUCGAGGUGGCCCAAAAGUUUCUCGCCGAUUUGGAAGAGAAACAGCCACCCAACCAAGACCAACCUACCCAGGAGCAACCUAGCAAGGAGCAACCUACCAAGGAGCAACCUACCAAGGAGCAACCUACCCACCUGCCGCGUGUGAACGAGGUGGCCCAAAAGUUUCUCGCCGAUUUGGACGAGAAACAGCCACCCAACCAAGACCAACCUACCCAGGAGCAACCUACCAAGGAGCAACCUACCAAGGAGCAACCUACCAAGGAGCAACCUACCAAGGAGCAACCUACCCACCUGCCGCGUGUGAACGAGGUGGCCCAAAAGUUUCUCGCCGAUUUGGACGAGAAACAGCCACCCAACCAAGACCAACCUACCCAGGAGCAACCUACCAAGGAGCAACCUACCAAGGAGCAACCUACCCACCUGCCGCGUGUGAACGAGGUGGCCCAAAAGUUUCUCGCCGAUUUGGACGAGAAACAGCCACCCAACCAAGACCAACCUACCCAGGAGCAACCUACCAAGGAGCAACCUACCAAGGAGCAACCUACCAAGGAGCAACCUACCCACCUGCCGCGUGUGAACGAGGUGGCCCAAAAGUUUCUCGCCGAUUUGGACAAGAAACAGCCACCCAACCAAGACCAACCUACCCAGGAGCAACCUACCAAGGAGCAACCUACCAAGGAGCAACCUACCAAGGAGAAACCUACCCACCUGCCGCGUGAGAACGAGGUGGCCCAAAAGUUCCUCGCCGAUUUGGACGAGGAGCGCAAGCGAUUGUCCGCGGAGUUUCCACUUUGCGCACUGCUAAUAGACGAGGCUGUGGACCGUGUCUACGGCACUGGUCGUAUUCCCGGCAAGGAGCGCUUCGCAGACGUGUACCAGCAGAAGCCGAUGAAGAUUACCCAAAAGGUCUUCCUACCCGUUAAUCAGUAUCCCAAGUUCAACUUCGCUGGCAAGAUCCUCGGGCCCAAGGGGAACUCACUGCGUCGCCUUCAGGAGGAGAGCCAGUGCAAGAUUGCCAUUAAGGGUCGCAGUUCGAUCCGCGAUCGUAACAAAGAGGAGCAGCUGCGCAGCUCCGGCGACCGGAGAUAUGCCCAUCUUGAGAAGAAUCUCUUUCUGGAGGUCAGCACGGUGGCCCCUCCGGCGGAGUGCUAUGCCCGCAUAGCCUACGCCCUGGCCGAGAUCCGAAAGUAUCUUAUUCCAGACAAGAACGACGAGGUUUCGCACGAGCAACUGCGCGAGCUGAUGGAAAUGAAUCCCGAGUUGGCCAAAAACACUAAAGGACUCAAUCUGCCGGCCUACAGAUCUGUCUUCGACGAGACAUUUGGAGGCAACAGAACUGGGGUUCCCAAGUACAACAACCUGAUUAAGCGAGAUAAGGAAAAUCCGCCCGAAGUCGCCGAUAUGGAGAAGGUGGCCUAUAAACAUCGUAUGCCCCCCAGUCGUCCGUCUGUGGGCUAUGAGAACAGAAUACCACGUCCAUCAAUAAUAGCGACAAAGGCUGCGCCAUUUAAACGCCCAUAUCCGUAUCCGACUGACAUGAAUCGUAUGCGCGAACCGCCCAUCAAGUCCUAUAAACCCAAUCCGGAUACAAUACUUAAAAAGUUUAUAAAUAAUAGAGCUCCGGUUGAUUUUGUCGCCCACCGCUAUACACGAAAACAAAGGACAAUGCUUGCAUUAUAAAAUCCAUGCUGGGAGCACAUUGAAAAUACUUUAAUCAAGAAGAAAACAUUAUAAAACGCAACGCAAGUUUUUUGAACGAUGUCCCACGCCCACUCUAUUGCCCACAAUUUAAUUAUUUUCUUUUCAAUUUCUACCGACAUUCCAAAAAAUAUUGCAAUUUCUUGUUCUCGCUUUGUUGUUUCUUUCGAAUUCAGAUGUUGAAUAAAACCCAUGCCAGAUAUUUUUGAUUUAA